GGUAGUUCCAUAGAUAUGUUCCUCUGCACGCCCGUCCUUGGCAAGAGAAGGCGAGACCAGAGUCUCGAUAUCGAAUCCAGGAUCCCAGCUGCUAUCGAGGAUCUACGAAGAUGGACAUCCACAGAGGCGCUUGGAGACGUUACUGUACCACCAGAUUGCAUGUCCAGGAUACUUGGAGAUACAACAACCGACGAGGCUGUCGAUCACAAGCUUCCAAGCCCCGAGGAACAAGUUCAAGCUGUAGCUCUCAAAUUCCCAGCAGAAAUCGUAGCGGUGGAUGUUAGUGGAAAAGGAUUUGAGAGGAUGUCGAUGAGAAGGAGAUCCUUGCUGUCCGGCCCGGAGAAUCAAGAAGCAGCUGUGAAAAGGCGGUCGCGACCUCGCAGGCCUAGAGGAAAAAGACGGAACACGAUCGCUGGUACCGAUCAGAAGGAAAUUCGACAAGCUAUUGGAGGUGAACCAACCGGAGAAGAAGCAGAGGAGGCAAUGUCGAGCAUAGCGUCAAGAGCUCAUCGAUCAGCGAGUACGGAUAUAUUGGACUCGUCUAAAAAAGAAUCGGCGACGGAAAAGAAGUCCCACUUUAACACGUUGAAAGCAUGGGGCAUGUCCAGGCUAAAAUUGAUCAGUCCGAAGUCUAGCCAGCAGUCAGAUCAGCAGGAGACAACUACUUCGAGCACAGAGAGGUCAGAACAGGAUCAAGGUCAGUCGAGAUCAGCCGAGGAAACAAAUAUUUACGAAAUCGUAACAACCAGGCGCAGAAAGGACAAGUCUCACGAAAGGAAGCCCAGUUCGUCGAGCUCAAGCGGAAAAAGUACCUCGAGCAUACCGGUAUCCGUCCCGAGCACUGAGAGACAACCGAGCGUGAAAUUGCGCGAAAGUGCAGCCCAAAGAAGAGAAAGACGAAAGGGAGGGAACCGCGACGAGCCACCGCAUUCUAGCUCUGGAAACUGGAGUGCGUCCUCCGAAAGCGGAAGGGCGAGUAUCGGAAGCGAAACCACCACUACCACUCAUCAGCCGAGAUCUACAACAACUGCCUCGAUUGGAACUUCCUCGACAUCUUUGAGUCAUGUGAGGCGGUUCAAGGGACGAGACACGUCGACCUCAUCCUCGGUAACGUCAGAAGGUACAUUAACACCAGAUAUUAUACAAGAUAUCGCGGUGGUACCUUUCUCGGAUGAUGGUGAAACAUCGUCCGUGUACUCCUGUGAUACGGAGGGCUAUUAUACCUCAUUCCACGUGGACUCUGGCCUGAAAACUCUGAGAGAAGAAGACGCAGUCCCGCAGAGUCCUUUGACAAAGUCCAGCGAUGUUGGCUCCGAUCCUACUUCGCCAAUUAUUGAAAAUGAGUACGAACUUUUCGGAAGGGGUUCAACAUCGACAACGACGAGUUCUGCAGGCACAGUUUGCACUGCUCUGAUGGCACCGCCACCGCCAGAAAGAAAAUCUAGCCUUACAGUCGUUGCCAUGGUUCACGGACAAAAUCAAAACGGCGGUGAGUCUCCAGACAGUGGUCACAAUACUUCAUCGUCGCCGGUUGAAUCAGCCUCGAGUCCAGCGUGCACAGGGAGAUCGUGUUCAGAAUUCGAAUACUCCGAGUCGAGCGAUCUCGAAAGCUGCGAGAGGAUCGAGAGAAUACGUUCGAAAACGGCGAUCAAUACUAGCCGCAUACCAUCCAUGUGUGUGAUCACACCACCUGGCUCAGACGACGAGCACGCGAGAGAUUCCGAUCAGACGAUCAAGAAAAGUGAGAGUAAAAAGGUCGAUCUACAGACCGGAGGAUCUGUCCUCAUGUCCGCCACGGUUGGCACCUCCAAGAUGGAAGUAAUAAACGGACAAGAUAAGAACCUCUACGCCACGAUACAAGUAUUAACUUCCCCUACGAACGAGAAAACACUAGUUGGACAGACUCAUUCGCCUAAGAUCAGUCCACUCAGCGGAGUUUUAGGCAAACUUCGCGGCGUACUUCCCGGUAAGAAGCACAUAUUGAAGAGUGUAGUUCAGGAUCAAGCAGCGACAGCAGACUCCGGCGACUAUGUCACCAUAGCCGACGUGAGAAACAACAACGACAAGCGUCAGGAUUCGGCUUCUUGUUCGAGCGCAACACCUGUCCAACCUUCUGUCACCUACGCCAAUUCCGAUAUUUUCAAGAAAGACGCCGAGUACGUUAGUCUAAGCGAAUUACCGAAGAAACCAGAUUCGUCGUUGGAACGGAAGAGACAGGGGGCAAGGGUUACGCUGGAUUCGGAAGGGAAGGUUGUUUAUUCGUCUGACAGUUUGAAGAGGAGGAAAGGCGCACAUACUACGUUUAAUCCAGGUCCAUUCGUAAGAGAAGGAAUAUCACCGAGUCUAUCGCCGUUGUUGCACCGCGCAACCCCGACCGUUCGGGCAGUGACGAAGACAAACGACGCUGUAGACGGGCUGACAAGCAAAUCCACGCCACCAACCUCUCCCCAAUUAGGCAAGGUGAUCAUCAGAGCAGCGAGAAGUCCCGAUCGCACAGCCAGUCCGGAUUACGUGAGAACCCCGACAACUGUGGUGGGACCAACGAGUCCAACGACUCCCCAUCGACAAGUUCGCGGGGCUUACGUCAACGUACAAGACGACGAAGACAAUACCCUGUUAGCGAUAGACUCCGUACCUCCUCAUGGAAUUGUUCAACCACCGCCUUAUAUUUCACCUCCUAAACCCGAAGAGUGUCAGAAGGAAAAGGUCCAGGACAUUCUGAAGGAUCCGGCCAUACCGCAAAAGAUACAAUCGCAGUGCGAUAAUAAUCAGCAGAACUAUGAACGCCAGACAGCCCAGUCUCAUCCGAAAGUUUACGGCCACAAUCCACGAUGGAAUCUUUGCGACAGUAACAAGUUGUCCGAACAGAAUAACAUUUCGAGUUGCAAUGAUUUCCAGCACGCCUGCGACCAGCAUCAAAUCGUGCACAUACGAAACGCAAGAAACCAGCAGUACUAUGUGCCGGAAAAAGAUGUCAAUCAGCAUUUUUACACUCUGCCAUCGAGACGACCACAGAGAGACGUUGAGCCACCUCGUAGUGUCACGCCAGACAUUACGAGGGGUCUUGGACGUGGUUCGUUGAGUACGAUGCAUAUACUUGCGAGGCACGGUCAGAAGACAAUCAUAGAUCAGGAUUCGAAUCGAUACGGCUCUCAGAUAGGAUUGAACAGAAGGAAGUCGGAGAGCUUUGAGGCCGAGAACAGGCUAGUGCAGAAUCAACAACAGUCGCCAAUUGUGGAUAUUAGAAACAGAUUCGCAACACCAUUAGGGCUAACAGCGCUUGGAUAUCGAUUCUUCGCGUCCUCGCCUGUUCGUGAUCCCGUUACGAAGUCUCCUAGUGCUGAUGCGUUAAAGCACAAUCCAAUUUCCCCGAUCGGGCACAGCUACGGCAAUAGUUUCAAGCCGUCCACACCGACUGGACGUAGUAUGCCAACUGUUGCCGAACGUUUGGCUUUGACCGCCAACAAUUGCCCGUCACCGAUGCCAAACUCCAAGAGAAGCAGUCCCGUCCAAAGUUCGUCUGGUAGAAGCACACCGACGAAUCUGAUCCUUUCACCUACAAAGAGUACCAUGUCCAACGAAGAGCUGUUCGCCGCGAUCCAUAAAUCAAAGAAAAGACUGAAUAUUAAGGACGACAAUGAAAAUCAAUCUCCGUACGGAUCGACCAAUUCAUUGGUGAAGGUCCCAACUGACAAUAGGCAUAGUUGGAGUUCGGAGCCACAGAAAUCUUCGAUGAUAACGCAAAACGUUCCACCGUCGCCACCCGCCACUUCGCGACUGGAUUUCAAACGUUUGCUUCUUCAACAGAGCGUGAAAAGUGGGCCCACCAAGCUCUCAGCGGCAGAACAGUUGAAACUGUCCCGGCAACAGUGCCAACAGCAACAACUGUCGCCGAACGUCCAACAAACAACACCGUUAGUCAAAGUCCUAAGUCCCCGUUCGGUAUGGAGGUUUCAAACACCACGUACGGACGUGCUGUCUUCUACGAUCAUCGAAGACGCGGCAGCUGAGGAGAAGGCUAUGAAACCAUCUCCGGAGAACACUUCCCCUAUAUCAAGACUGAACACAAGGAGACAGUUGGAUCUUUGCAGUAAUUUCCCCGAGAACAUCGUCGACUCCGAAAACGAAGCUUCCGACGCAUAUAACGACAGAUUGCUGUUGGACAACGCGGCGACAUCCGACAUAAAAGCCAUCAUGGAGAUCGAAUUCUCCGGCAGAAAUGUUCAAACGGAAGAAAUGUUCGCGGACAAAACUGACGCUUCUGCGCCAAACACGUCACCAUCUGGUCUGUGCGUUUCUGAGAAGCAUUCACAGAACAACGUGAAAAGCUCCUCGACGAUCCCGUAUCCAUCGAAUUCCUCCCAACUCACGGCUUCGUGUCAACAAGCGAUAAGCGCUUUCGAGUCGAGGAGGAUCAGCAAUCAACUGGCUAGAGCACAGUUCUUGGCCAGCACACCAACCACCGUGAAUCAGGGCCGCAGUACUUACGCGAGGAAGAUAUUCCGCGCGAGGUCAGAGUCUCCCCAAAAUUCCGCGAUACAAAACGUAUCUCGUAGUCCUAGCGUCCCGACGCUGGAAACUGCUCUGUGAUCGCGACA